AUGUGCGUAGAUAAAAGCGAAGCCUCUAUGAAUUUUGAAGCCUUAUCUGCGCUGAUGGAAUGCUGCCAAAAAAAAGUUUCAUUAAGACUAAAAAGUUGUGUACCAUUUGAAACAUUGAAUUGCUGGAGGAAGUCUGCAUUAGAUCAACCGUUGGCCGAAGACACCGAUCGUUCAAAGUUUUUCAACACAUCAACGAAUUUAAAAUUAUAUUUUGCAAAGAUGAAUUGUGCUAUGUGUGUCUUUUUAUUGAGCUGCAUUCAAACGAUGAACUGCAACUUUUUUGAGGUAGAGAAUGUUUCCAUAUUUCAACCCGAGACGGACCGGCUGCAGAAGAUUUACUUCGGAUACUCCAUGUCCGUCCAACCGUUCACCAGCUUCGGGAAUAGGUAA